GUCAGUUGCUAUUUCUGUGCUGGGGGGGCUGAAAGCGGGUAGAGCUCGACCCGGUUGCUGCACGCAACCUGCACUGAAGAAACGUCCACAGAGUGCGAUCCGAGGCAUUGUAAAGGCUUAUCGGACCUCCCAAACCGCUGCGUGACAAACUGAUCCUUGAACUUGCCAUCGAGCCAACUGCAGGCGAGGAGUUUAUGGACCACACUGUCAUGACAGAACCAGUGACCUCUGAAUCCUCCUCCCGAUGUGAGGUGCUGAUCGUUUACAUGAGCGAGGCGGAGGAGUGGGCCGUCUACCUGCAGAACGUGCUCAGAUUCUCGCGGAAGUUCAACGACAAAUCGGUGGUCUUGCAUCUGCUCCAAGCGAGCACGGCCUUGCGUGAGCGCGAGCAGGCGCUCGUUCGUGCGAGCAGCAGCAUAGUCCUUUUAAUGUCCGCUGCGUUCUUAGACUUGCAAGACAACCCCGAAGUGCUAAAGACGUACCAGAAGGUCUUCUGUCCUCCAAAUAAAAUGGUGCUGCUUUUCUGUGGGGUGUCUGAGAGCGAGAUGCUAGAGGAGCAUUUCCAACAUUGGCACGCGUGGAGAAAACUGUACUCCGAUGACGAUCCAGCUCUAUAUGUUUCUACUGUUCUGGAGUCUAUUUCCGACGCGGCGGUCGGUGAGCUAGAGGUGGAGACGGAGUACGAUGCGAGCGUGACGGAGACGGGGGCGGAGCUGGGGGAUGAGCCAGAGCCGGGGGCGGAGCUGUGGGAGGAGCCAGAGCCGGGGGCGGAGCUGGGGGAUGAGCCAGAGCCGGGGGCGGAGCUGUGGGAGGAGCCAGAGCCGGGGGCG